GUGCUUUUCAUUUUAGAUCAUCGUUAGAUCUGUUAUCAACAUUCUGCUGCCGCACAAGCUUGCGAAACGACAGCAGACUGUUCCGGUGUAUGCACCACGAUCUCAUUCUUCAGUUACAUAGGCAAGCGCGGCAAAGUGAUGUAUAUUCUACAGACGCAUGCAUACAGGACCUUACACAUCUGUCGUUCAACACCCGGGCUCGUGGUUGAGUUCAGAUGCUGCGCAAACUGGGAGAGGAAUAAACUUAGAGGGCAGCUUGCAGAAAAUCGCAUAGUCGCACAUGCUUCGACCUGGACUACUGGUUUUGUUUGUAGUCUACAAUGCAGUAAUCUGCAGUGGUCUGGCAUGUUUCCCUCGGGACCAGGUUCGAUGUUCGCUACGCUGGAAUCAUCGUUCCAGCGGAGAUGUUUAGCUGGUGAAUGCUUCAUCCGGAGAAGCAUGCAGCUAUUGAUUAUUGAACAUUAGCUGUGGCAUUGACGACAGAGACCAUGUUUAUUGAGAUUGAGUUAUCUGGAAAACAUUCAUGUGCUUGGGCAUCAGUGAGUAUAUACUGAUCCCUCAAAGGAAUCGUAAAGAAUGGAGCUGGACCGGACAAGUCCUUUAAAGGAAUGGAGGACUGCUCAGGCUAUUUCAUUAAACAUCCCUAGCCUCAUUACUGCAGCCAAAAAGCAGCUUAGUUUACUAGCCAGAGUGAGCCAAGAUCAGGCACUCACAAUAACGGGACCUACAUUAGAUCGCGCCAUUCGCAGAUACGAGACCUGUUGGUUGCCAUUGCUUGCGAGUCAAGAGAGCGGAGCUACCGCACUCGUCCCUCCGUUGGACUGCGCCUGGGUUUGGCAUUGUCACCGUCUCAAUCCUAUCCAGUAUGCCCAGGACUGCAGGACAGUGUUUGGGAAAAUUUUAGGAGCUCCAGUUCCGGAAGCGCGAUUCAUGGUAGUAGCUACCGAGACGACCAUCCAGCUUUGGACGAAGUUGUUCCCCAAUAUGCCUUAUGAUCACUACAGCGACUCCACGACAUCCACCUGUGGAGCAGAAGUGGGGAAUGAAAGUGGACGGCCUAUAAGCUACGAUCUUGUUAACGCAGUUAUGAGGCAGGUCUCGUUUCACUAUCAGGUUUCCCAGCUUCAUUUCCGUCAAGAGUCGUUUUUGCACGCUGCAGAAAUGCGGUACAAGGGUUUCCUGCAUCUGGCUGCGAAGUCGAAGGGGAAGCUGUUCCUCGUACCCACGUACGACAUCGAUUUGAUGUGGCAUUCGCAUCAGCUCGACCCUAUCGCUUACAGGGCCGACACGCUCCAAAUUCUGGGUUAAGUGCUGUAUCACGAUGAUACUGACAGCGAUCGGCAGGAAGGGUCGAAACUGAGCGAUUGCUUCGAAGAAACCAAGCAGCUGUGGGAGAAAACUUUCAGCCUUCCGUAUGUAAAGGCGGGCGCUAUGUACCAAGCCGAGGUUCCCACGUCGUUACGGUUCACAAGUUCCCCCUAUUUGGAUUCGCAAAAAUAUGGGAGGCACACGUCGAGCAGUUACAGGACUGAGCAGGAGUCUCAGUACAGUUAUCUCAAGGGCCGGCAAUCAGUGCAGAUUCGUAUGGAUAUUCUGGAAGCGAAGUGUGUACCUGUGAAGAGGAUAGGUUCUCGUGUCUUUGUCCGAAUGAGGGCAAUGAAAAAUUGCGGGAAUUUUGAAAUGAACACAGAGGAGGUGGAGAUUUCGGAGCAACCGCAGUGGAAUCAAUCACAGUGGACAUUCACCUUUGAGACGUCUGUGGAAGGUGUAAUUCUUGAGCUACAUAUGCGGAAGCCCUGUCUUAUGAGAGGAGGCUUCAAGAAGAAAUCUACUAUUCUCGGCGAGGUGCAUGUGCCCUUCAAUUUGCUGCUGGCAUCACCAACUCUUUCCGCGCUCGACUGGUUGUCAUUCCACAAAGAUGACCACCGACAACUUCCAGGAGAUAGUAAACGGAGGCGACAUCUUCAAAGUGGCCGCUGGUUGACGAGAAUCGUUUUGGACCAUCGGGAUGAAGGAGUGUACACAGUUCGCAUCCGAAAGUUGCAAAGUUGUGGCAAGCCCAAUGGAUCGGGAGCCAGAAUUUGCAUGCCAGUGGCUGAACACGAAAGAAUCGUAGACAUUUUUCGGCCAAAUCCAGAUGCAAAGCUCGGAGACCCACCCAUUGUACGUGCGGCAUCUGCGACUCAGCUGAUGAACGCAAAGCAGCAGUUAGAGAAUGCCACGCUGCAAAGACAGUGGGCUUUGUUUGAACCAAACACUGUCUUCACAGUGAGGAAGAACCGCGACCCUGAAAUGGAUGAAUACCCAGAGCUGACGAUUGCGGGUGGCGUUGGCUAUCCUAUCGGACUCGUGUCAGGAAGGUGGCUGCAAUACCAAGUUCGGGACAGUCAACCCGAAGAUGAACGUGGAUUUGUCACUGUCGUGCGCUACACUCCGGAAUGUCCCACGGGCAAAGCUACGGCACUUUUCAAUUGGAAGUCCGGCGCAGUGGAGGUCACUUUAGGAGAAAAUGUGAUUCUCGUAUUGCUCUUGCAAACUGUCACUGCACUAGCCGUUCACGAUUUGCUUGGCACGAUGAGCAAAAGACCGACGAAGGUGACGAAGAAGACGAUACUGCCACAUGGAGCAGAAUGGGGAGCUGUGAAUGUUGAGACUGGAACGAAAGGGAUAGCAGCAGCAGCAGCAGCUUGUUCGAGGCAUCGGUGUUGGUGGAGCAUGAACUUCGAACACUGGGCACGGGACACGUAUGAUGUGACCCCGAAAUCCGGUGCUGAAUGUGGAGGUGCGGGGACAUGUGGUGGGGGAGCGUGUGCAGCUGGCUGGAGCAACAGCGUAAGCUGUGGCGGCGGUGGCGGUGGCGGUGGCGGCGGCGGAGGUUGUUGCAUGUCCGAGGGAUAUGGCGGCAGAGUUUAAGCACACACACCUUCAGUUCCAUCCAUUGCUCUUUUCAUUUCGUGUGACAUGUUGUACAAAGGUUUUGCCCCUCAAGAAAACACGCAGGUUCUGAUUCAACCCACAGAGGUUGGAUUCACGUAGGACGUCAACAACAGUCAGCCCGGGUGACAUUUCACACCCAUUGUCAUAGGAUCUGUAGCUUCAUCCACACCACCCACUUGAACAUGAGUGUAGUAGGAUUCACUGCGUCAGUUGCAACAAUUGCCUGUAUAUGUACAUCAAACAGUCGAGUGUUAUAAACUCUUCACAGUGCUACUUGUUGCCACUGGAACCCA